AUGUUGGGUUUUACGACUAGUCUUCAGGGGAUUUCACUGCGCAUUCGGGCGCCGGCACUCGCAAAGUGCUCUAAUUCAAAGCGUAGUGGCGCUGCUGUCCCGGCAGCUUUUCGUCUGCGUGCUGACGAAAGCUCAGACUAUGAGCAACCAACUGAACGUCGACUUAGUGAUGCGCUCAAGGAGCGUGACGUGGAGGCACGUCUCGCUCGCGAGGAGGCGGAACGGCGAGACCGGGCGCGUCGCGAGGAGCGUUUGCGGCGCCAACGCAAAAUCGAAGAACUGAUGAGUAUCCCUGACGACAAAGAGGCUGGCACUAUCGACGAGUUUCUUCAGAAAGAGGGCGUGCUCGAUAUCCUACAGAAGCUCGACCACGACUUGGUUGGUCUGAAACCGGUCAAGGAUCGGGUUCGGGAAAUCGCCGCACUGCUGGUAGUCGACAAGCUGCGAAGCCGCUUGGGUUUGACUGGUACGACACCAUCCUUGCACAUGGCAUUUACUGGUUCGCCUGGUACGGGCAAGACGACUGUUGCGAUGCGCAUGGGUCAAAUUCUGAAGGCCAUGGGCUACAGCCGAUCGGGCCAUCUCAUCGUUGCCACGCGCGACGACCUCGUCGGACAAUACGUGGGUCAUACCGCACCGAAAACCAAGGAGGUAAUCAAGCGCGCAUUCGGAGGCGUGCUUUUCAUCGACGAGGCGUACUACCUCUACAAUGCCGCGAAUGAUCGCGACUACGGUGUCGAGGCCAUCGAGAUUUUGCUGAACGUCAUGGAGGAGCAGCGUGAGGAUCUCGUGGUCAUUUUUGCCGGCUACGAGGACCGCAUGAACAAAUUCUAUUCGUAUAUCCCCGGCAUCAGCUCCCGAAUCGGAAAUCACAUCAGCUUCCCGGACUAUACACUCGAGGAGUUGGUCGACAUCGCGAAGGUGAUGGUCCGCGAUAUGGAGUACCGUAUCGCAGACGAUGCGAUCCCCGCCUGCCGUGCGUACAUCGAGAAGCGUAUGCAGAUGCCAUACUUCUCUAACGCGCGCACAGUUCGCAACCUCAUCAACCGCGCUCGGAUGCGGAGUGCUAUCCGCAUUUUCAACAAGGCUAUGGACCCGAACGCGGACGGCCUCGUUAGCCGCGACGAGCUGAUGACGCUCAUAACCGAAGACUUUCCGACCGUCCAGGAGUUGUUGGAACGUGGAGAGACCGCGAUUGUGGAGUAA